UUUCGAGCCUUUAAACUAUGGUACGCGCCUGGAUCCUGUUCAAAGCCUGCCCAUCUGAAGGCUGAUAUUGGGGUGAGAGAGAGAGAGAGGCAUGGCGACGAUGAUGCGGCAGCUGUGCAGCAGCAUGGCGCGGCGGAUGGUGCUGGCGGGGCGAGAAGGAGGCGCAGCGGCGGCGUCAUCUCGGCCGCACGCAGAGCUGUGCGGGCGGGGCGACAAGAAGACGAAGAGGGGGAAGCAUUUCAAGGGCUCCUACGGGAAUGCCAGGCCGAAGAGGGAGAAGAAGAUCGAGAGGAUAAAGGACAAGGUUGAGGUCCCCAGGUCCACUCCUUGGCCCCUCCCUUUCAAGCUCAUCUGAAUUUUUCGCGGUUUCAUUUCAGUCAAGAAAAGAAAAGAAAAUAUCCAAGAUUAUCCGUUCACGUGACUGAUUUUUCGUGUAUGAAUCGUUCUUGUUCGGGUUUUAUUGGUACUGGAAAUGGUUAUCAGCUCAUUCUGAUUUUGCAGUA